AAGAGAGAGAGAGCGAGAGAAAGAGAGAGAGAGGCGCUUGACAUCUUCUCCGUUUGAAUUCAGACCGCUGUCACUACCAGCAGCUCGCAGCUUCGGGAUAUAUCUGCAGGAUAUUUGCACAACAAUGGCCAUUCACCAGCAGUGAGGAAGAGUUUUACCCUACACCCCCCUUCCUCCCUUUGUCCCUGACACCUUGACACAACAAUUUUCCAUCUGCUUCUUACUCAUAUCACUCGCUCCAUCUUCUUGAAACCUUUCCAUUUCAACUCCUCCUCCUCCUCCUCUCCCCCAUACCCUCCAACCCUUAUUUUUAUUUCAAACAUGGAUUCCUCUGGAGAUAUAACCUCGGCCCAGGAUGGACACGCCGAGCUCAGGGGCAGCCCCGGUCGCUGUGAUCUCAGCGGACUGUACCAUCUGGGUCGGACGUUGGGCAGGGGCCACUUUGCGGUGGUCAAACUGGCUCGUCAGAUCGACACUGGGCAGUUGGUCGCCGUCAAGAUGAUCGACAAGACAAAACUUGAUGUCAUGGCAACAAGCCACCUCUUACAGGAAGUGAGGUGCAUGAGGCUGGUGCAGCAUCCCAACGUGGUUCGCCUCUACGAGGUCAUCGACACGCCCACCACCCUCUACCUGGUCAUGGAGCUGGCUGAGGGGGGUGACCUCUACGACUACAUCCUGCGCCACGAGGGAGGCGUGGCCGAAGAAACCGCCAAGCGUCAUUUUGCCCAGAUCGUGCGCGCUGUGGCGUACUGCCAUCAGCUCCACGUGGUGCACCGGGACCUGAAGCCCGAGAAUGUGGUGUUCUUUCCCCAGCAGGGGGCCGUGAAGCUGACGGACUUUGGGUUCAGCAAUUUAUUCCAACCCGGGAUGAUGUUGGCCACCAGCUGCGGGUCACUGGCGUACUCGGCUCCAGAGAUUCUGCUGGGGGAAGAGUACGAUGCUCCAGCUGUGGAUAUCUGGUCUCUCGGGGUGAUCCUGUACAUGUUGGUGUGUGGAGUCCCUCCCUUCCAGGAAACCAAUGACAGUGAGACUCUGGUCAUGAUUCUGGACUGCCGCUACUCCGUCCCCGAACAUGUUUCAGACGACUGCAGAGACCUCAUCUCCAGGAUGCUCCAGAAGGAUCCAUCUCUCCGCGCCUCGCUCGAGGAGAUCGAGGGUCACCACUGGCUGCAGGGGCUGGAUAACGCCCUUCUCAGCCCAGAGGCCCCGCCCCACUGGCUUUCAGGAGCCCUCUCGCCCAGCUCUCCCCGCUUAGGAGUGCCCGAGUGUGGGGACCUGCUCGCUGCGAGGCCCCCGUCUCAGCUGGCUUUCCCUGGGACUUGGCAGCCCAACCUCAGCUACACCCUCCGUCCACCUCUGACUGAGGAGCCUCCUGUCACUAAGAACCUCCCAGCAUUACAGCAGAUCUGUGAGGAGGAGGAAGAAGAAGAAGAAGAAGAAGAAGAAGAAGAGGAGGAGGAGGAGGAGGAGGAAAGGGGGGAGGAGGGCAGUUUGGCAAGAGAGGGUGAAGGUUUAGUGUUAUCUUUGUUAGUAGAAAAGCUGGAGGAAGAAGCUGAGGAGAUGCUUGAUGGAGCAGAUGAUCCAGAGUGCAGGAAAGAGAAAGGAAUGUUGGAGGAGGAGGCGGAGGAAGAGGAGGAGGUGGAGGGUAAAGCAGAGGUGGAUUUGGAAACAGAGAAAGAAGACAGUGAGGGUGUGAUUUCAGAUCAACCUGUCAGUCAUGGAGACAAUGCUGUCAGUCAGAGUCCUGAAAUCCCACCAUCGUCUCAGCAUGUUUUGGGGGUCCCGUGCUGUCAGGGACAGCCAGAAUCCAUUAGCCCAGAGGGAGGAGAAGACGGGGAGAUAGAACCCAACAACAACACCAACAAACCUCCUCUUCUCCCUGAAUCCGUCUCUUCUGUCCCCUCCAUGCCCGCUCCCUCUGUUAGCCUCAGCCUGAACGAGAAGGAAGCUCAAAAGACAGGACAGGAAGGAAAACAAGACGAGAGAACGGAGAAAAGCGGGAGAGAUGACCUUUCAACAGACAGAUCUCAACCCCACAAUGCACUGGGGGCCCGGGAUGAGGCUGCUCAAAAGGUGGAGACGGGAAAGCGGCACAGCUUAAAGCUGCGCGAGAGACUCUUUCAGUUCCCUCUGUGUGAAAAAGCUCUGGCCUUCAACAUACCGGCACACAACAAGCCCAAAAUCCUCCCGCUGGCUCAGUACAACUGCUGCCAUGUGCUAUAAGUGAAGCCAGCCUGGGUGCUACAUGUGUUGUGCUGCUGGCUCACUCUGGACACGCAGGCUGUUUAGCAGUCAGCAGGCAGCCGGCUACACAGCACAAACCUUGUGAAGUGGCAAAUUGCUGAGCUCCCCGCGCUGAGCCUUGCUGCCACACGGACCUUUAGGCACAGGAGCAAAGGCCCUCAGCAUGCAGAUACAAAGUGUACAGGGUUGGACGUCUAAGGCUUCAUACAUACAGACACUCGGUUCUAGCGUCGUACUCAUGUAAUAUACAUCGUGUCAAGCUAGAGUUUGUGUACAGCACAGUAGUUUUGAGACGUAGUAGAAACUCAUCCAUUUGCUGCUGUGUACAGGAGCAGGUGUGUUCAAUAUGUAGCUCGGUAGGAACAAUACUGGACCUACAGGUGGUGAAACUGAAGAGAGGGACUUUAUAUACAGGGGGUCAAGGAGACAUAAUUAGUGCAACAGUUUAUUACUGAAAUAAGCUAUAGUCUGUUUUGUGUGUUUAAAAGGUGCCUACUGCGAUUAAUGGAUUUGAUACUGUAUGUGGCAACUGUGUCACCUGGUUCUGACUGUAAAAUGUCAAAAAGCUCUAAAAGUCAGAAUGUGUUAGCACUCAGUAGAUCCAUUAAUAUGAUCAUAUUUGAUAUUAUAUGGAUUAGAAUCAACUUUGAACCAGCUUCUGCUACAGAGUAGCACUCAUUUCCUCUUCCCUUUGCACAACCUGCUUUUCUCAUUGUUUGAAAGCUCUUGAUAUAAGCUCUUAUAAUGAAAGACUGAGACUGUUAUAUGAUCUGAUUUGAGAUAUGAUAUGAUAAAUGAUAUGAUAUGAUAUAUUGUAUAAUAUAUAUGCCUAAGAUUGAAAUGAAUAUAUUAUUUUCUGUCCUCUUAAUCCUAAAGUCUUAUUCAUUUGAUGGCUUGUCCUAACAUACUAUAUAAUAAUGUUGAUAGGAUCAUUGACCAUUGAUUGGGAUGCAGGUCUUCCGUUGUAUUUGAAGUGCUUAUUUUUAAUUCUACUAAACAUUUUAAUAACAUUUGAUCAUACAGUUUUAUUUUGGAUGUACAGAUAUAAAAACACAUUUUUUUUAUAAUGUGGCAAAGAUAUUUUCUCUUUACUCAUCCUUAGUGGAGAUGUUUGACUUGGUGCAUGUUAUUACUGUUAUUUAUCACAAUAUACCUCCAUGUGUCUUGGAUCUGACAGGACAUUGUUCUUGUGUAACUGUAAAUACCUUGAGGUAACCCACUGAAUGAUGAAUUGCACACAGUAUGACUACUGCAGCUAGAGUAGCUUUCUACAAGUAUUUUGGGACGGAUAGAUUUCUUGACCAUUUUAACCAAAUGUCAGUGACAUGUUACGGGGUAGCAGAGGAUUCUCUCCAUAUGGUUUUAUUUAGCUAUAUAAUGCCUCUGUGUGUUUCUAUAUUUUCAUGUACACACUGUAUAUGUUCUCAAGAAGAAGUGUAAAGUUUUGUAAAGGAACAGAAGGCCAAAGCUGUACAAUAAGCUACAUUUUCCCCCUCAUAGUUCAGCAAACAGAGCUUACUCCUGUCCAUCACUGCAGCAUCAGGGUACAACAAAUUGGAUUUUUAACUUAGGACCUGUGAUCAGAUAUUCCCUGUCUAUAUAAGGAGCUGAUGUCACGUGAAAUCUGAUUAUCGCUCAUAUUUCAUCAGCCACGGGAGCAUAAAAUCUGUGCAGAAGAGGGAUAAAAUCCCAUUAUUUGUUUGUGUGUGAUUGCAGCCCAUCUCUCCCCAGUGUGUCUGUGUCUACUGACCUGCAUUGUAACUAUAGGACCACGUCUCUAUUGGAGCCAUGAACUUAUUUUUC